AUUCAUUCCGACCAUGUUGGCCUUUUCUGUGUCAAUAGCUGGCAAGUUGCAAUUGUCGGUGAUUCCCUCUCAAUAUUCUUUGUUCUUUUCCCAUUUCAUUCAUCAAUGUUCCCCCACCUUGCUCUUUUGCUUCACUUCACUUCCACUGUUCCUAGUUCCUACCAACUCCAUAUGCAAUUUUAGUUCUACAUAGUACUGUCCUUUUGUCAAACAAGGUUUUAUGCAUAUUUAUACACACAUGUAUGUUUGUGUUUGAUUCAACAGUGAAAAGUGAUGAUGGGUAUUUGAGCUUUGCCUUUUUCAUCUCUUUAAGUUUGGAUCUUGUAAAAGUUGAGAACUUAAAGUCAAACUAGAAAGGUGAAUCCUUUUGCAGUGGCAACCAUGAUAAGAGGAAGAGCAAAUAGGAGCUCUAGAAAGAGGUUGGUUACAACUGUGUUGUGCUUGGUGAUUGUUGGUGCUUUCUUCUACUUUCACUCUAAGAGUAGUAGUAGUGGCUCUUCUGCUGUUGAGUUUGGCAAAAGACACUUUGGUUGGGGAGAGGAAAAAGAUGAUGUUGAACUUGAAUCUUCAACCAUAACUGGAGAGGACAGUGCUGUUGUACCAAAGAGCUUUCCAGUAUGUGAUGAUAGUUUAUCUGAGCUGAUUCCGUGCUUGGAUAGAAACCUCAUAUACCAAACAAGAUUGAAGCUUGAUUUGUCUUUGAUGGAGCACUAUGAGAGACACUGCCCAAUUCCUGAGAGGCGUUUUAAUUGUUUAGUUCCUCCCCCUCCAGGGUACAAGACUCCAAUCAAGUGGCCCAAAAGCAGAGACCAGGUAUGGAAGGAAAAUAUACCUCACACCCAUCUUGCAACUGAGAAAUCAGACCAGAACUGGAUGGUUGUAAAAGGUGAAAGAAUUCUUUUUCCUGGUGGAGGAACCCACUUCCAUUAUGGUGCUGAUAAGUAUAUUGCAUCAAUUGCUAAUAUGCUCAAUUUUCCAAACAAUAUAAACAACGGAGGAAGACUCCGGUCUGUUCUUGAUGUUGGAUGUGGAGUUGCAAGCUUUGGAGGAUAUCUUCUUGCUUCUGAUGUGAUAGCAAUGUCAUUAGCACCAAAUGAUGUUCAUCAAAACCAAAUCCAGUUUGCUUUAGAGAGAGGGAUACCGGCAUAUCUUGGUGUGUUAGGUACCCUGAGACUCCCUUACCCCAGUAGAUCUUUUGAACUUGCUCAUUGUUCUCGCUGUCGAAUUGAUUGGCUUCAGAGAGAUGGCAUGCUACUCCUUGAGUUGGAUAGGCUACUCAGGCCAGGAGGUUACUUUGUAUACUCAUCUCCUGAAGCAUAUGAAACGGAUGACGAGAAUAGGAGAAUAUGGAGAAAAAUGAGUGCUCUUGUUGAGCGGAUGUGCUGGAAAAUUGCUGCUAAGAAGGACCAGACUGUUAUUUGGGUCAAGCCUUUGACAAAUAACUGCUACUUAAAAAGAGAACCUGGUACUCAGCCUCCACUCUGCAGUUCUGAUGAUGAUCCUGAUGCAGUUUGGGGAGUUAAAAUGGAAGCUUGCAUUUCACGCUAUUCUUCUCAAAUGCACAAAGCAAAAGGAAGUGGCUUGGCUCCUUGGCCAGCUCGAUUAACUACUCCACCUCCUCGUCUUGCAGAAAUUGACUAUUCUACUGAAAUGUUUCAGAAGGACAUGGAACUUUGGCAACAACAAGUUCAUAAUUACUGGAGCAAGCUAGGCAGUAAGAUUAAGCCAGACACAAUUCGGAAUGUGAUGGAUAUGAAGGCAAAUUUGGGUUCAUUUGCUUCUGCUUUGAAGGACAAAGAUGUUUGGGUUAUGAAUGUGGUUCCAGAAGAUGGGCAAAACACACUCAAGAUAAUAUAUGACAGAGGAUUGAUUGGAACAGUUCACAGCUGGUGUGAAGCUUUCUCAACCUACCCUAGAACUUAUGAUCUGCUCCAUGCAUGGACUGUGUUUUCUGAUAUUAUUAAGAAAGAUUGCAGUCCAGAGGAUUUAUUGAUUGAGAUGGAUAGAAUUCUGAGGCCAAAAGGUUUCAUCAUUGUCCAUGAUAAGAAGUCAGUGGUGGAGCUUAUAAAGAAGUAUUUGCCAGCAUUACACUGGGAGGCAGUGACAAUAUAUGAUGUAGAUCAAGGUGAGGAGGGAAAUACGGUGUUAAUAAUUCAAAAAAAGAUGUGGCUCAUAAGUGAUAGCAUCCAGGUUUCAGAAUGAUGCCAUGAUAUUCACUUACAAGUUACCAAUCCAUGGUCAUCACUUUGAAGAGGGUUUGACUUGAUCACUACUCUGGGUCUAAAGAUUAAUCCCAGAUCAUUCCAUUGGAAUUUAUGAAAUUCUAUUAUUCUAGGCACUUUCACAUUUUCAUCCUGUUGUUGUCCGAGGAAUCUGAGGAAAUAUCUUGUGUAUUGAAUUAAUUUUUUAAUGUCAUAGGAUUUCAGUUUUUUUUUUUUGAAA